CUCCGUUAUCCUUCCCGAAAUUCACAUCCCUACGAACAAACCAAACCUCUCUCUUUCUCUCUCUCUAUAUCCGCGUUAAUGGCGUCUACGACCACCGUCCUCCUCCUGUUGUCGAUCAUCGUCGGUCUCGUUGCUAUCUCCGCCACCGCCAGGCCUUGCAAGACGAUCUUCUUCAUCACAUCCACUUCCUCCUCCUACUACCCAGCCGACACUAAUCACCCUGGAAACCCUAAUUUCCCCCACCAAAACCCCACUAAUUCCCCUCGUUUGACCUUCUUCAUCACCGAAAUCCACGAAUUCCACCGCAGCAGGUCCUUCCCCCGUCCGAUCUUCCCCGACCGAGCAGUGGAAGAUGUCGUCUCUUCAAAACCCUCUUCUUCUUCCUCGUUUCGCGAUCGCACCCUGGACAUCAUCAGUAUUGUCGGCGCUCUACUCGUCGGUGUAGGCUGCGGGGCUCUCACCGCCGCAACCAUGUACUUAAUCUGGUCCGUAUGUUCUAGCAGACGCUUGGAUUUCGGCUCCGAUUCCGAUGAGGAAGAGUACGACGUCGACGAUGAGGAUGACGUCACCCAUAACAAGAACGGUUACGCCCCUAUCCCUGCCGCCACCAAGCCUGUGCCUCCUUCUGCCGAUGAAGUCGAUGCAAUGAAAUAGAUGAAGCUCUGGUUUGCUCUGUGGUUUACUGAAUGGAAGUACUAUGAUCUCUUCUCGGGAUCCUCCAUUAUUGCCACUCAUGGUGAACUAUUCCAAUGAGUAUCUUCCUUUGUUUUACAUCUUUUGGUCUGUAGUUAUCUUUGCAUACUUUCUUUGCUCGUUGCUCUUUGACUCUCAAUUUUCUUUUUCUCAUAUAAAACAUUGAAAUUUCUGCUAUUAACUAUUUUAUGUUGUUAUAUACUUAUAUCACAUGCCACAUGCAUUUGUUAACACUUGGGUUUUCAUGAUUCCAUCAUUUGAUUAAUUAAUAUGAAGAUAUGUCUUUGUUG